AAAAAAAAUCGGUGUGGCGAUAAGAUACGUCGACGUAUGUGAUUCAAACUUACAAUUUUGUGGAAAUUUAUCGUAGUUUUGAUAACUAUUAUUGUAAAUUAAGUCACACAAGUAUAGGAAAUUCAAAGCAAUCAUGGGUUUAAUGAUAUCAAGCGUUUUUACAAGACUUUUCGGCAAAAAACAGAUGCGUAUCCUUAUGGUUGGUCUUGAUGCUGCUGGAAAAACUACAAUACUUUACAAGUUAAAGUUAGGCGAUAUAGUCACUACAAUACCGACUAUUGGGUUCAACGUAGAAACUGUUGAGUACAGAAACAUAAGCUUCACGGUAUGGGAUGUAGGUGGUCAGGAUAAAAUCAGACCGCUGUGGCGCCACUACUAUCAGAAUACACAAGGACUUAUCUUUGUUGUUGACUCAAGUGACACUAAAAGAAUAGCAGAAGCCGAAAAUGAAUUGGCGAACAUGCUAAAAGAAGACGAGUUGAGAGAUGCUGUUAUUCUAGUGUUUGCAAAUAAACAGGACAUGCCAAACGCCAUGACUGCAGCUGAGCUCACAAACGCUCUUAAUUUGAAUAAUUUACGGAAUCGCCGUUGGUACAUCCAGGCUACAUGUGCAACACAAGGCCAAGGCUUAUACGAGGGAUUAGAUUGGCUUUCAAAUGAAUUAGCAAAGAAGUGAGACAUAACUUUACACACAGUACUGGGAAAAUAAUUUACAUUCCCACAAUGACUGAAACAAAUUCCAACACAUGUGAAUUACUACAAUGUUUAUUGAACCUAAAAGACUAAAAACUUUCAUACAUAUUAAGUUUCAGAAGAACUUGCAACAUUUUACAUUUAACUUGCUAGUUCAAAUGCAUAUUCCAGUUAAAUGCUGUAAAUUUUACUGACAGUUGUAAUAAGGUUACUUUUCUUUUCUAACAAGCAACAAUAGUAAAGGUCUGGCCAAGGUUUAAUAUACAUUAAAUAGCAAUGAAAUCAACUCAGCUAAGUUUUUUUUACCUUUUGUCAGCACAUUAAAGAAUUAAAAUUGUACCAUUUUUAAAGCCUAUUAACAAUAAAAUUGAUCUUUGCGAAGCCAUUUGAAAAAAUAUUACACAAGGAAGAAUGCGGAAUGAUUUACAAAUCCUGACAAAUCGUAAGUAGUGGUCUGUGGCAAGACAGGAAUUUUGACAAAUGGUCUCUCAUCACUGAAUGGUUAAGAAUCACUGUGCUAGAUAAAUAAAUGUAAAGAAAAUGAUUAUGCUAGAAAAAUAUCCACUCAGUCCAAGUUAGAGGACUGGGAUUCGAGCAUUGGGCAGAUCAGAUCUGAUCUAUCAAUGACAAUAUGAUUUUUUGUUUGGAAAAAUUAAAGACACUUAGAUGAAUCGAUUUCCUUGCUUUCAAGUGUGUUAAUUUAAUUACUUCAGGUUGCUUUUAAUGAAUUCCAUUUUAUGGUAAAUCUCUUUAUAGGGUUC